AUGCAGGGCCAAGGCCAAAAUCCUACGGAAGUUUUCAAGCGAGCGGUGGCGUCCGUAUUGGCGCAGUGGACUCUGCUGAAUUUAGCUGUUGAGCAGGGCUGGGGAGGUCGAGAAUCAUACAAGAAGCGGCAGCUGCUGUACGAAGAUCUUGUCAGUGAAUUUAAAGAGAAUAAAUCAAUUGAUGUGGAAGAUCUCGCGGAAAUACUUUGUGAAAGGCUCACAAGAGACUUUUCCGUUUCUGUCGAAGACGAUAGCGAUCUUGAGGUAGCACAGCUGCUCGUGGACUUGCACAAAGAGACAAGCCACGGUUGCUUCGACUUGGCCAUGAAAGUAGAGCAACAACAGCAACAGCAUGCAACAGCUACAGCAAGAAGUCGUUGUGAAAAUGCCUCAUCAGCUGACGGCGAAUGCGGCGCGAGCGAGUGCAGCGAGACGCAUGAGGCACUCGAGACACUGAUGGCCUCAACGGCAAUCGUCCCCAGCACUGCUGACAACAUUGGUACUGCAAUAUGA